CCACAUGAUAGAUACAAAAGGCAGCUGCAAGUCGCAGCGAUAUUGUGAAGGGUGGACACGAUGUAGAUUUUGGAAAAAAGUAGCUUACAUUGUAGGCAAAUGCUAUCGGCACGACAUUGACAGCCAACUUCCCCAACUCCCGCCACAAAGGUCAUGACACCCACACUGCAGCCUAAAACACCAAUGCACUUUCUUAACCUCAAUAAAAAUGCAUUGGUCGCUGAUUUUGUGGGAAAACCACUCGACGCUCUGAGAACGCCCGCCCUCGUUGCGGACCGCGUGGUGCUCGCAGAGAACUGCAGGAGAUGCACGAGAAUGCGAGAGACUGGGAAGCAACUUCUAGAGGACACUCGAAGACACAAGGUAGGAGGGGAUGAAAUUCACUGUGAUGACUUCUAUCAGACAGUCGAAGGAACGAAACUGCAGCUAGUUUCAGAUAUCGGCAGAAGUUCUGCGGUCAUUCUAUCGACACUCAUAGAAGCUUGAGGAAUCGUGCAAGGUGGUAUCGUAGCCGACGCUAUUUUUCAGAUUCUGUACGGUUUUCCAGUUGGACUGAACAAAUUGGAUGAUCUGUCUGCUCUGCAUCUGAGAUGACAAGAUACGGGAGAACCAUUCUUAUUCUCUUCAAUCAUUGAAAUCAAGUGAAAUUUCUGG